AUGCAGAGCGAGCGGUCGUCCAAGAGCUACAGCUUCAUCUCCGAGGGGUCCUUCUGCGCCGAGAGCAGCGCGUACGACUGGGACCGCAUCGCGGCGCAAACUGGCGCAGGGGACGACGUCUACGGCCUGCGCGUGCCAAGGGAGAUCAGGGCGCAGUCGUCCACCCCCACGGACAAUGUGGACGACAUACUGAGCGUCAGUCCGCGCUCUCGAGCCGCCACGGGAGGCAGCAACCACGCAGCAGCAGCAGCAACAACAACAAGAGCAGACAAGAAGAAUCCACUACAGCACUCCGGCAUCGCCUUCGACCGGACGUGGAUCGACUCGGACAUCCCCGUGGUAGGGCGCUCCAGCUCCGCCCCACCCUCGAUCCAGCUGCUGCAGGAGGUUCUACGCCCCUCCGAGAGGAGGAGGGCGGCCACCGCCCCACCGUCCGGAUUUUUCAACCACUUGCUCUACGGUAGUCUGCGAGCAGGAGCGCUGGCGGAAUUGUUCUCCCAGCCCUACUGUGGACUCGCCAUCUCGGCCGCUGCCACGGGCUUCAUGGUGCCAUUUCUAGCGGACGCCUUCCAGCCGCUGCUCUGCGUGUAUCUGAGCUUCAACAGCGACCAGUGCACGGCCACGCUGCGGUUUCUCAAGCUCCCGGGGGUCGUCAGCUUCUUCAUCGGGUUAUUAUCCGACUUCUACCCGAUCUGGAGCUUCCACCGCAAGUCGUACAUGCUGGGAGGCUGGAUCUUCGCCUACAUGGCGCUCAUGGCUCUAGUCAUUGUGGCGCUGAUCGACGGCAGCACGGGAAUGAUGAACCCCAGCGUACGGACGUUCUACGGCGGCGCAGUCUACGUGUUGUUGAUGAUGGCGGCCAGUCUAGGAGUCACGGUGGCGUCCAUAGCAGCGUUCGCGUUCCUGGUGGAGCUGUCACAACGUGAGCCCAUUCACGAACGCGGGACGCUGGUGGUGCAGUAUUUGCUCGUGCAGGAGGCGGCGACGCUGUUGGCAGAUAUUAUCGUGUCGUUAGUGGUGGGUUACAACAAGGAGUCGGACACGACGCAGGCGGUGAUCUCGAUGAAGGUGAUUAUUCUACUCAUGGCGGUGGUGGCGCUCGUACCGAUCCCUGCGGUUCUCUUUCGCCUUGAUGAAGAGCCGAGACAACUCAAGGUGGACUCGGUAGACCGCUCGUCCCUCACACGCCAGCUCUGGAGCAUCUUGCAGCAAGAAGCAGUGUGGCGCAUCAUUCUGUUCGUCUGCUUCUCCGUGUUCCUGUCGUCCUUCAGGUUUAAUUUCGUGGAUGAAGCUGUACUGUACUGGGCGGACGCGUCGCCGAAUGCGGAGCGUGUGGGGGUUAUUCCGAAGCAGGUUCUCAUGAUCCUAGCGUUCCUGGCGUUCCAGCUCACGCUCUUCAACUACAGCUGGAUACGCAUCUCUGUGGCGGGCUUGCUGCUCGGUGUGGGGGUGAAUCUCCUUGCUGUCGUCCCGACAAUAUUCGAUGGUGUUCGCAGCGCCUGGUACACGAUGUCAAUUUUAUCGUUGACUGGCAUCUCGCGUGCUGCUGUGCUGUUAGUGACGUCGCUGCCUAUAGUGGAGAUUACAGAGAACUGUCUGGAAGGAGCCACUACAGGACUGGUGUCGUCGUAUAACGCGCUGAUAAGCAUGGUAAUCCUCACGUUUUCGGACGCUAUCAGCACGUCGAGCGCGCAGUUGAAACAGGACUUUACAGAUGAUGUCAUCAAGCAAGACUCGUACGGAACGCGCAUGCAGGUGCUGUCGUUCGUGAUGACAAACUCGGCGAUCAAUCUGCUGGCGCUGGUACCUAUCCUCUAUUUAUUACCGCGUCAGAAGCUGGAGGCCCAGGAGAUGCGCACGUAUGGCGAGUACAGCCGUCCCGCGGGUAUCGCCAUUGCUGUGCUGUUCGUUGGGCUUGUCGCCUACGCAGGAACGGUCAACUUGUUGGCGCUGCUGAACGAUACGAAGUGA